AUGAAACUAAAUCUUUUUAAAAACAUCAAGAGGAAGCCAUUUUCGAUUGUCGCAAUGUCCUCAAAUGGCACCACUAUUGUUCUUUUCAGGAAGGAUAAAACUUUGGAACUGUUUGACUCCUACACUCUUGUACCAUACUUUACUAUGGAGUUUGGAUAUGAAGUUGUGACCAGUAGUUUUGUGGACUUCCAUACUGUGGCCUGUGGAACAGAAUGUGGGAAGCUUGUUUUCUUCAACACUAGAACUCUAGACAUAAUGUAUACAAAUGUCGAUGGUAUUCCUUCGAACAUUGCAGCAAACUCUUAUGGACUUAGAUAUGAUCAAAGACUAUUUUAUUAUUCUAUUGGAUGCAACGUGUACGAAAAGAAAAAUAUGGAUGCAGAUCUUGUGUAUCGAGGAAACUCUAAAAUUACAUCUCUUUUCCUUUCUCCUGAUCAAUCGCUGAUUAUUGGAGAUGCCGAGGGAAAGAUAAAGAUGUUAAGAUGUGAUAAGAUGGUUUCAGAGAUCCAGCUUUCCUCUGGAAAAAUUAACAUGAUAUGCCACAUCACGGGAAACACAUAUGUUUCUGUGUGUGAUUACGGAAACUUUUACUAUUUUGAUACAGACUUGGAACUUGUUCUACAGACAGUUAAAGUAAGAAAUAGCCCACUAAAUGUGUGUGCAUAUGUAAAUGAUAAGCUUCACUUAUCUGGUGCCGAUUCUAGAAUAGUUGCAUUCUCAAGAAAUGGGAGGAAGUUUAUAAAAUCCUAUCAGGUUGACACCCACUAUGCCGAAGUCAGAAAUAUUGCUGUGGACAACGGAAGGGUGCUUACUUCUGGGGAGGAUACAAUCAUGAGUGUUGUAUGGCCCACACCCAACAAGUAUCUUGAGAACAAAAUAUUCCAUCGGUCAGUCGAGUUGGAAGUUUCUAAGGUUAACAAAAUGUUUUAUAUCAACAAUAGGUCGUCUAUUGAUUUUUACUUGCUCGAUUCCGACCCGAAGGAUAACAACGAUGAGGAAACCUCGGAAGAUCUUUCUCAGAAUGAUAUGGGAAUAACCUUCAAGCUUUCUCGAUCCUCGAUAAAAAAUAUCGGUUACAAGAGCCACGACUACAAGUACAAAAUCAAGAUAUAUACAGAAGGUAAUGCCUUUUGCUCCUCAGCCCCCGACGACUUUAGUUAUCUAGCAUAUUCCAAUUCAACGGAAACAAGGGUUAUAAGUCUGAGCCCAGACCAGGAAAUCAAAGUUAGGAAUAGACUUGGAAAAGCUAGCCGAUUAAUUACGAGGAAAGACUUGAUUGUGCUCCAGAGCUACAAGCGUGAAGUUCUUCUUAUUGAUCUUAAGACUGGGGAAACCCUUAGAAAGAUAUUAUUUGACGAUUAUAGGGAAGUGGUGUAUCUUGUAGGAGACUUACUAGUCUUAGGGCACUCAAAAGUUAUAUAUUCGAUAAGCGAUCCAAGCAUUUCAUCAAGUCUAGAUGUAGAAGGGGAGGUUCUUAAUGUCUGUGAGUAUGGAAAAGAUCAUUUCAUUGUGCUUAGUAUGGCUAAAUCCUUGGAAGCCAAGAAAGAGUAUUUCGUAUACAAAGUCUCUCUUUCAGACUUCAUUGUAGAAAAAAUUAAGUUCUUUGAAACCUAUUCCUUAAUUACAUCCGUUUCAGUAUUGGAGGAUAACAUCAUCUUUUCAAGCUCCAAUGCCAUCCAAAUAUUUGACAAUGAGAUGAGGGAAGAAAGAUAUUCUUUGGGCGCCGUUAUAUAUUCCUGUAAGGCGAUAGAAGGAGAGAUUAUAGCAAUUCAGGAUUCAUGGAACAACAUAAGACUUGGGUUGCCGCCAAGUAUCUUUAAAGAAAAAUUUUCUAAUAAAUAA